UUGUCUCGUCAGUAGUCUGGCAGAACUUUUGUUUUUCCCAUUGCCGAGAGAAUCUCUCUCUCUCCCUCUCUCUUUCUCUCUCUCGUUCUGUGUCUCCUAGCUAGCGAGUAUUGACUACUGACUAGUCUACAAUGCAAUCUCACGUGCAACAAGCUGUAGCUUCUCCUUUUUGUAAAUUAGUUUGAUUAUUGCUUUAUAAAAGGUUCUGGACCUCUGGUCUUUCUUCAUGGUUUGAAUAUAUAGUAGAUAUAUAUAUAUAUAGAUAUAGAUGAUGGAAAGGUGAAUUUGUUUGGUCUGUUGGGUACGUAGUUCUUUUGGGCUCGUACAAAGUUGCUUUUUUUCUUUGUUUUUCUGUGCGAAGUUUCCUUUUUGUUUGAGUUUUGUUGGUAUUCUACACCCUUAACUUUAUCCCAUAAAAAAUGGCAUUAGAAGCAGUGGUUUAUCCAAAAGAUCCGUUUAGCUAUGGCUGCAAGGACUUCUACUACUUUGGAGGAGGAGGAGCAGGAGGAGUUUGGGGCUAUGAAAAUCUGGCUUUACAAGAAGAUGAUGCAGCCUUUCUUGGGGUUUCCCACCACAACAUAGUUAACAUAAAGGAAGGUGUCCAUGAGCAUGCAAAUCUGGAUUCAUCUUCUCCUUCACUUAUGCAGAAUGUUAAGGAGUACUACUGGGAUCCCAACUCUUCUAAUUCCCCAGAGACCUGCACGAUUGAUCAGUCUUUCGCCAGAGUAACCCCGGGGGCGACGACAGCUCGGCGCAAGCGAAGGCGCACAAAGAGCAGCAAGAACGAGGUGGAGAUCGAGAACCAGAGGAUGACCCACAUUGCUGUUGAGCGCAAUCGUCGUAAACAGAUGAACGAGUAUCUCGCUCUGCUCCGCUCCUUGAUGCCACCUUCUUAUGUCCAGAGGAGUGACCAAGCAUCCAUAGUAGGAGGUGCCAUUAAUUUUGUGAAGGAACUAGAGCAGCUGUUGCAGUCCAUGGAGGCCUACAAAAGGAGAAAGCAAGAACAAGAAUCUCAAUCUUCUCCACCUUUUUCUCAGUUUUUCAUCUUUCCACAAUACUCGACAGGUACAACACGUCACUGCAACAAGUCGUCUGCUACAGAUCAUCAAAACGAAUCCAUGGCGCAGAACAUUAAUGAUCAUCAGUACUGUGCAGCUGUGGCAGACAUAGAAGUGAACAUGGUGGAGAGCCAUGCAAACCUCAAGAUACUGUCAAAGAAAGUACAUCCCAGACAGCUGUGGAAGAUGGUGUCUGGGUUUCAAAUUCUGAGACUCACUGUUCUCCACCUUAAUGUUGUUACCAGUACAGCUGAUCAGAUGGUCCUCUAUUCGUUUAGCGUCAAGGUUGAGGAAGGCUGCCAGAUGAACACGGUAGAUGAAAUAGCAGCCGCUGUUAAUCAAAUGCUACGACGAAUUCAAGAAGAAGCUGCUUUCAUCUAAAGCCACAGCUCUCUCUCUCUCUCUCUCUCUC